CAGCUGCUGCGUGUCAUAUCAUUGCAGGUGAUUUUAUUUCAUUGACAGAAAACAUACAAAAACCUUAAAAAUGGAGACAGAAAAGAAAAACUGCUGCCUUUGAAGAGCGGAUCUGUCAGCACAGCGGGGGGAGGCUGAAGAGCAACUGGAAGGGUGUGUUUGUGUGGGGGAGGGCAGAAAGGAGAAGCGGUGCAGAGACAGGGCGGACGGCAGAGCUGAGCCGUGGCAGCAGCAGGAACGCAGCCUGAACACCUUUGGAUUGGACCGGUUCUGACCCCCACGCCGGGCCCUGCUGCCCCAGGAAGAGAAAGGCAGGAGGGGUAGAGUCUCAGGAGCAGAGAGCCCCCCGGUGCUGAAAUAUUCCAGAGGGUCAUGGUGCGGUGAGCUGUGGCCCGGUGAGUGUUUGGUCAGCUCAGCAGCUUUGUUCAGAAGACUCUCAGCCCUUCUGGUUUGAUGGAGCUCAAAGUAUGGGUGGAUGGAGCGGUGCGGGUGGUGUGCGGCCUGUCUGAGGAAACUUCAUGUCAGGAUGUGGUCAUUGCUCUGGCUCAGGCCAUCGGUCAGACAGGCCGAUAUGUUCUCAUCCAGCGCCUGAGGGACACAGAACGGCAACUACUGGCCACAGAGAGGCCUCUCGAGUCUUUGGCAAAGUUAGGACAGCACAGCAGUGAAGUCCAGUUCUUCCUGCGGCGUACGGGCCCCAGCAGCAACGAUGGACCUAGUUCAAAACACGACAAAACACCUCCAAACUCAUUACCCAAGCAUGCUGAGCCAGAGCCUUUAAAACGCAACCAGCCUAAGAAAGCUCUGACCUUUAACUUAGGACCAUCCACUUCACCUAAAACCCCAGCCAAACCAAUUAAGAGGUCUCCCCGGGACUCUCCAGAGCAAAGAGCCUCCCCUUCACCCCGCCCUGAGUCCCCACGCAGCACCAAGCCUGGUCCUUCACCACCUGUUGGAUCUUCCAAAGAUGAGGUCUUUAAGAAAGUUCUUCAGCAGCAGGAGAGGCUGAGGGCCAUUGAGGCUCAGCUAGAAUCUCUUGAGAGGGAUUCACAAACCUGGAAGCGCUCUUAUCCAUCUCCGUGUCCCUCCCCGGUCUCUGACGGACGAUUGAAAGAAGAGAUCCAGUUUUUGGAGCAAGAAAUGCUAAAAAAACAGGACGAGCUCACCUUUGAGAAAUAUUGGGAGGAUGAACUGGAAUUGGAGGUGGAGAAAGAUCAUGAAAUGAGGUGCAAACUGGGGGAGCUCCAAGCCAAACUGGACGACUGUGGGCAGCAGCUCCACAAACUCUCCGUUAGCUCCGCUCAACUGGAGAAAGACAUCCAGCAGGAGAGCCAAGCUAAAGGAAAAAGCCCCGGACCCCAAGAAUCUAUUGACGCUGUGAAGGCAAAACUACGAAGCCAAGAAAAACAUGUGACAGAGCUGGGAGAGCAGCUAUCUGAAACUGAGAAGGCUCUGGGGAGGGCAGAGUCUCUGCUGCAGGCCAAAAACGAGGAGGUGGAGGAACUAAACAAGGAGCUCAGACAGUGUAACCUGCAGCAGUUCAUUCAGCAGACGGGAGUGGUGCCGUCUCAUACUCACUCACGCUCAGACCUGCAGGAGCAGCUGGAACUAACACACUAUCUGCAGGACGGCUUUCAAGAUGGUCAGAGUGCAGCCCCAGAGGAGUAUCCAUCUCGCCCUACAGCUAAGCAGUUUCUGGGACACCCAAGAAACCUUCAAAACCCGCUAGUGUCCAGUCUCAACCCCGAGGUCUUGACAUCCCGAGAGUCAUCAUGGAGAUAAACAUGGAACGGCAGGUCCAAAGGGAAAAAAAGUCACUGUUCAUGGUUCCAACUUUUUGUAACUCUGCUUUGUAGCCCGACUCAAUGUGUUGUCUUUGUACAUACAAUUAAUAUAUAGAUUUGCUAUUGUAUGAAAUGUAAAAUAAUUCAGAAUCUUUAAUCUGUAUUCAAAGAUAAUAAAGGCAUAAUGUAUU